GUCCACGCAGAGACUCAGUGACGUAGUACGCAAGUGUCCGCUCUCCGCAGCUCAAGGCCUGCCAGUGGACGGAAGCUCAGUGCGCGCAUAGCUAGUGUCUUCAAGAGAAAAACAAGACCAAUACAACAUACCGCGGUGCUCAGAGUGUAUAAGACGCCAGAGCUGUUCUUAACCUGCUCUUGAGCUGGCUCUGUAUCUUCUGAGAGGAUUUUUGGAGGGGAAGUUCUUCUUGAAUGCCCAAGACGCAGUCAGCACGGUUUUCAGCAUGAACAGGAAUAAGCGUGAGAAGGAAUACUACAGCUUAGAUGUAGGAGACUCCACGUUCACCGUUUUGAAGCGCUAUCAGAAUCUAAGACCGAUCGGAUCUGGAGCACAAGGCAUCGUCUGCUCUGCGUACGACCAUGUCCUUGAACGAAAUGUUGCAAUUAAGAAACUUAGCCGACCCUUCCAGAACCAAACCCACGCGAAACGAGCCUACAGGGAGCUGGUCCUGAUGAAAUGCGUCAACCACAAAAAUAUCAUUGGCUUACUGAAUGUGUUCACGCCUCAGAAGACACUUGAAGAAUUCCAGGAUGUGUAUCUGGUGAUGGAGCUGAUGGAUGCUAACCUGUGCCAGGUCAUUCAGAUGGAGCUGGACCACGAGAGACUCUCGUACCUGCUUUAUCAGAUGCUCUGCGGCAUCAAACACCUACACGCUGCUGGCAUCAUACACCGGGAUCUGAAGCCCAGUAACAUAGUAGUGAAAUCAGACUGUACUCUGAAGAUCCUGGACUUCGGUCUGGCCCGGACGGCUGCCACCGGCCUCCUCAUGACUCCUUACGUGGUGACACGCUACUACCGCGCUCCCGAGGUCAUUCUGGGCAUGGGUUACCAAGCCAAUGUGGAUAUUUGGGCUGUGGGCUGUAUUAUGGCAGAGAUGGUGCGGCACAAAAUCCUUUUUCCAGGGAGGGACUACAUCGACCAGUGGAACAAGGUGAUCGAGCAGCUGGGCACGCCGUCUCAGGAGUUCAUGCUGAAGCUCAACCAGUCCGUGAGGACGUAUGUGGAGAACCGGCCCCGCUACGCUGGAUACAGCUUUGAGAAGCUCUUCCCAGACGUGCUCUUCCCUGCAGACUCCGACCACAACAAACUGAAGGCGAGUCAAGCACGAGACUUGUUAUCCAAAAUGCUGGUAAUCGAUGCGUCUAAACGAAUCUCGGUGGACGAGGCCCUCCAGCACCCCUACAUCAACGUGUGGUACGACCCGUCAGAAGUGGAAGCGCCGCCACCGGCGAUCACGGAUAAACAGCUAGAUGAGAGAGAACACACAGUGGAAGAGUGGAAAGAGCUGAUAUAUAAGGAAGUGCUGGACUUGGAGGAACGGACGAAAAAUGGUGUUAUCCGAGGUCAACCGGCCUCGCUAGGUGCAGCAGUAAGCAAUGACUCCCACGAGCCCUCGACGUCCUCGUCCUCCACAAACGACGUCUCGUCCAUGUCCACUGACCCCACCCUGACCUCGGACACAGACAGCAGUCAGGAGGCGCCCGCAGGACCGCUGGGCUGCUGCAGAUGACUGUCCUCCUCCUCCCCACUUCCACCCAUCACACCUAUCUCCUGUCUUUCUUUCUCAAACUCACACCUUCUUUUGAAUUGACAAAGUGUGAGAGGUAAGAGUUUUUGAGGGCAUCUUCAGAGCUCUUACUCCAAACCAGCAUUUCUUUGAUUGCUUUAGUUUUUUGCAUCUGAUUGAAGCUACUUCUCCGGCAUCUUGCCAUUUGGAUGUGGAAUGAUUUGAGUUUACUUGUAAAGAUGAAUGGGGAAUAUAUUUUUGAGAUGUUUUAUUUUAUUUUUUAGUGUUACGGCACAUCAAUUUUUUUUUUUUUGGGGAUGAAUGAGUGUUUCUUCACUGUUACUGCUGUUUUGGAGUCAGCGGUGUGUAAAAUCAGAGUGUGUUCGGCGGCAGAGUUGGUUUUUAAUAUGACAUGUGUAUUUAACCACGAUUUUAGAUGGACGAGAAACACUUUUUAAAGUGCUUUAAGGGUCUGUAAGCUACUCUUUUCUCUUUCUAAUGUCAUUGCACGACUGACUUCACGUAGUAUGCUCUCUGUAAAAACAUGUUUGGGUUUUCAAACGUCACCGUAGGUAAUCUAGUCUGUACAUAUUUCAACUUGAAACAAAGUAACCCACAGCUUUCAGCACACUUCAACACUGUACAGCCUGAUGUAAAGGUUUCAUUAUAUGAUAUGGAACUGAAAUUGGGUAUUUGGCCCAUGCAUAUGAAACGCUUCUGAAUCCAAGGGCCCUGUUUUGAUCGAUCGGAUCAUGAGUAGACGAGUGGUUCACACCUGGUGUUUUUAUCCCACUCUUCUGUCCACUUUUGACCACUUCUGUUCUUUUGAGUGGAGGGUCUAUGGGCCACUGUAUGUGGGACUUUUCCGAUUUUUUGAUCUAAUAUUGUGAAAUAAGCUUAUUUACAUAUGAGCCCAACACCUUUUUUUGGAAGCUAUUUUUAAAACGUUUGCUGCAUGGAUGAAAAAAAAAAAAGAAGAAAAAAAAGGAAAAUAUAUCAGUCAAAAUUGUGCUGGGAGAAGAAAAAACAACAUUAGUCACUUAUAAGUUGGCAGCAAAUGCUUUAAAUGUAAUCUGUAUUCAGAACAGAACAAGAUAAAAAUCAGGAAAUAUAAUUAGCUACAAAAUUAUAAUAAUUUUAUUAAAAAAUGUAUAUAUACACAACCAGUCAAAAGUUUUUGAACAGUAAGAUUUGAUGUUUUUAAAGAAUUCUGUUCUGCUCACCAAGCUUUCAUUUAUUCAAUCCAAAAUACAGCAAAAGCAAGUAAUAUUGUGAAAUAUUUUUACUAUUUAAAAUAACUGCUUCCUAUGUGAAUGUUAAAAUGUAAUUUAUUUCUGUGUAUGUGUAUGUAAAUGUAAGCAAGGAUGCUUUAAAUUGAUCAGAAAAAAAUGCUGUUGAUCUGUCCAUUCAUCGAUGAAACCUGAAAAAAAUAAUUCUCAGCUGUUUCCAGGAUGAUAUUAAUAAUAAUAAAUGUCUUUUUUUGAAUCCUCAUAUUUUCAUGAUUUCUGAAGAUCAUGUGACACUGAAGUAAUGAUGCUGAUAAUACAGCUGUGCAUCACAGAAAUAAAUUACAGUUUACAAUAUAUUCACAUAGAAAGCAUAUAUUUAAAAUAGUUGAAAUAUUUCACAAUAUUCACUGUAUUUUGGAUCAAAUAAAUGCAGGCUUUGUGAGCAGAGGAGACUUAAAAAAAAAAAAGCAUAAAAAAUAUUACUUCCCAAAAACGUUUGACUGGAAUUUAAAUCUAAUUUAAUAUUCUGAUGUUGCCGGGUAACGGACAGGAAAUGAACUUGGGAAUGUUUAAGAAUGAGCUCAGUCAGUGGAGAGCAGGCGGUCUUUAGUCGCUGUUUUCGACUACCUCUAGAAGUGCUCAAAAGUGGACAAGCUCGAAACAUUUAACACCCCUUUCACGCCUGUGUUAAGCGACGUCACCUUGUGUUCAGAUCGAAGAAAACACAUCUAAAUAUCAGGUGUAAACAGGGUCUUCUAGUACUUUUGAAUUCACUACCAAACUGCGUCUGCCAAUGCAAUCUUAUUCAUUACACAAUGAGAGAAAAAAAAAAAAUGCUUUCAUGGGUGAUUUUUUUUUUUUUUUAAUAGCAUCGUUUUGAUUGGAGCAAUCAUUCUAAAUGAAUAAAGAUGUAUUAGAUUAGAGGUUUAAAAUGGAACUACUGCUUUUAAUGCCUGUCUAACGCUUAAAAAAAUCCGUAUCAGAUUUAUUCUGAUGUUUAUAAAAAUGUGUUUUGGAAUGUAGUGUAAACAAGACGACCCUUAUGAACUAAAUCCAUCGCUAAAUUUGGAAAUGCCAUUCAUCAUUGGGUAAAAAUCUACGUUUUUUAUUUCGCUUUCGAAAUGGAGAAAGUGCCUGAGUCCAGCGUUCAUUCCUGAAUGAUUAGAAAGGUGAAGAAAUUUGGGUGAGGUUUUUCGAAAGUAAUAUUGUUUAUAUCAUGUUGGAGUGUCUAUUUUUGUAGAGCAUUGGAUGUAGGAUGUUGAUUAAAAGGUCGGGGCAUGUUGAGAAGAUGAUCUUUCAUCAGAUGAAGGUCUUUCAUCAAAGUAAUAGCAAAUUGGAACAUUUUUGGUACAGUAUUGUUCAAAAUAAUAGCAGUACAAUGUGACUAACCAGAAUAAUCAAGGUUUUUCGUAUAUUUUUUUAUUGCUACGUGGCAAACAAGUUACCAGUAGGUUCAGUAGAUUCUCAGAAAACAAAUGAGACCCAGCAUUCAUGAUAUGCACGCUCUUAAGGCUGUGCAAUUGGGCAAUUAGUUGAAUUAGUUGAAAGGGGUGUGUUCAAAAAAAUAGCAGUGUGGCAUUCAAUCACUGAGGUCAUCAAUUUUGUGAAGAAACAGGUGUGAAUCAGGUGGCCCCUAUUUAAGGAUGAAGCCAACACUUGUUGAACAUGCAUUUGAAAGCUGAGGAAAAUGGGUCGUUCAAGACAUUGUUCAGAAGAACAGCGUACUUUGAUUAAAAAGUUGAUUAGAGAGGGGAAAACCUAUAAAGAGGUGCAAAAAAUGAUAGGCUGUUCAGCUAAAAUGAUCUCCAAUGCCUUAAAAUGGAGAGCAAAACCAGAGAGACGUGGAAGAAAACGGAAGACAACCAUCAAAAUGGAUAGAAGAAUAACCAGAAUGGCAAAGGCUCAGCCAAUGAUCACCUCCAGGAUGAUCAAAGACAGUCUGGAGUUACCUGUAAGUACUGUGACAGUUAGAAGACGUCUGUGUGAAGCUAAUCUAUUUUCAAGAAUCCCCCGCAAAGUCCCUCUGUUAAAAAAAAGGCAUGUGCAGAAGAGGUUACAAUUUCAUCAACUGGCCUAAAGAGAAAUGGAGGAACAUUUUGUGGACUGAUGAGAGUAAAAUUGUUCUUUUUGGGUCCAAGGGCCACAGGCAGUUUGUGAGACGACCCCCAAACUCUGAAUUCAAGCCACAGUACACAGUGAAGACAGUGAAGCAUGGAGGUGCAAGCAUCAUGAUAUGGGCAUGUUUCUCCUACUAUGGUGUUGGGCCUAUUUAUCGCAUACCAGGGAUCAUGGAUCAGUUUGCUUAUGUUAAAAUACUUGAAGAGGUCAUGUUGCCCUAUGCUGAAGAGGACAUGCCCUUGAAAUGGUUGUUUCAACAAGACAAUGACCCAAAACACACUAGUAAACGGGCAAAGUCUUGGUUCCAAACCAACAAAAUUAAUGUUAUGGAGUGGCCAGCCCAAUCUCCAGACCUUAAUCCAAUUGAGAACUUGUGGGGUGAUAUCAAAAAUGCUGUUUCUGAAGCAAAACCAAGAAAUGUGAAUGAAUUGUGGAAUGUUGUUAAAGAAUCAUGGAGUGGAAUAACAGCUGAGAGGUGCCACAAGUUGGUUGACUCCAUGCCACACAGAUGUCAAGCAGUUUUAAAAAACUGUGGUCAUACAACUAAAUAUUAGUUUAGUGAUUCACAGGAUUGCUAAAUCCCAGAAAAAAAAAAUGUUUGUACAAAAUAGUUUUGAGUUUGUACAGUCAAAGGUAGACACUGCUAUUUUUUUGAACACACCCCUUUCAACUAAUUGCCCAAUUGCACAGCCUUAAGAGCGUGCAUAUCAUGAAUGCUGGGUCUUGUUUGUUUUCUGACAAUCUACUGAACCUACUGGUAACUUGUUUGCCACGUAGCAAUAAAAAAUAUACGAAAAACCUUGAUUAUUCUGGUUAGUCACAUUGUACUGCUAUUAUUUUGAACAAUACUGUAUGUGUAUAUGGUUUGCAGCUUUAUUUUGUUUAUGGAAAUAUGCAAGAUAUUGCAUCCAAUGGUGUAUGUGGGAACUACAUUUCCCAUGAGGCAAUGCUAUGGAAUGUAACUGCGGGAUAGCUGGGAAGUGUAGUUUGCAUAACUAGAGUCAUAUUCUUUCAUUUGAGUUGCAUCCCAAAAAUUCAGUUUUAUCCAUGUUAAGUGCUCUUAAUUUUUCUUUUCCUCUCUUUAGGGAAGUUAAUGAAUUUAAACUUAAGAUUUUUAAUCGUAUUUGCUUUUAUCACAUCUCUCAAAAAUGUUAGAAUUCAGAUCAAAGUAGGCUUUGAUGAACUACCUCACUCUAAAUUUCUACAAUGUCUUUUUUUUUUUGUGACGUAGUUGCCCUUAAGAUAGAUGUUAAUACGGAUUUCAUUAUUUAUUUAUUUCUAAAGUGAACUAUUGUCAAUAGUAGGCAACGUAUAGUUUUGUACAUUAUGUAUACUGCACCUAGAGGUCAACGAAUUGAAAUGUAAAUUUGAUCUUUUUUGUUUAAUUUUACUUUGUACUCAUUUUUUUACAGUUCAUGUGCAAUACCCACUGCUGUCAUGCUAGUUGUAAUCAAUAGAUCUAGAUUUAUUAGUUUUAUGUACCCAGAGGUAGAGAUAUGUUUGGUACUGUCAGAUAAAUUCAUGUUUUUUUCUUCUUUGGCUUAUAUUGUCAAUGUUACAUAACCCAUCUUACCAAAAAUGAAAAUCUGUGGCUGAUGUUUUGCUGAAGUUGUUAUGUUUAGCCACUGGACUUUGAUCAUCCUGGGAAGUCCCAUUCAAAGCAUCUGUAAAAUAUCAUGAAUUACCCACGUGUUACGAUUUGGUGCUGGUAUGUAAUAUUUGCUAGUAAUGCCAGCCCAACAGUUAGUUAUAUAUAGCUAGCUCUGUGUGCGCUAAACAGCAUACAGACGCUGAGAAGUGCACUACUACAAAGAAUGCGCUGGGAUCUUAUGAAACCAAUUGUACAUGUACUGAAAAUAAACACCAGUUUGAAUCAGA